AUGGAAGAUCAAUUUCCAACCAAAUUUGAACAGUUUAAGUACAAUGCUGAUCUGUUUGAAAAGAUCUCCAUGGCCUUGACUAAGACCGAGGAAAAGAUAAAGGUGGUACCCACCGUAAAGAAGUCGGUACGAGGAUCACUAGCACAAGUUUGCUGGUCAAAUGUAGAGAUAUUUCCUGGUGUUAAUUCACCAAACGUGUGUUACACUAAAUCAGGCAACAACCAGAUUGUGACAUCGGCAGAGAUAGACGCUAGACAAGUACUAGCAGCUCUAAUUCUCUCAUCCCGAGUAAGAAAAGACAGUAGUGGGAAUUCCACUAAUAAUAUCAAAGCAUGGCGUGCGCAAAGAAUUUUGGCUAUGAUUCCACCGUCAGAUUCGGAACCAUCCGACGUUGAAAAUGAUGAGAAUAAUGAAGAAGGAGUAUUUUCACGUAUAGUGUUAGACGAUUCAUCUUCCUGUCGAACUCUGUCUCCCGGGCUGGAAGAAUUUUUAAAUGGUUUUGAUGACGAUUUUGAUGAAGAAUUAGCGAGUCCUUCUCUAUUAAAUAAUUGUUAUGAUACUUUGGUGGAUUCCCUUGCAACGAGCAAUAUUUCUCUUCAACCUUUUCCAUCUGUGGUCACCACGUCAGUACAGUCUCCAAGAAAUAUUUCCAAUGUUCAGCCGCAUCAAUCAAUACCAUCCCUAGUAACACCACUGGAAGUUCGAAUAAGACCACCUUUGUGGGAUCUAUCUCACGAUUUAUUCAAAGAUAAAGAUGCCAAGCUUCAAGCAUGGUUUGGAGUGUAUAAAGCUCUUUUGCCCGAUUUUAAUGAUUUGUCUGAGAAUGAUAAAAAAGACUUUGAAAAAAGUGUACAACAAAGAUGGAGAACUGCGAGAGAUGCUUACAUGAGAUGCAAAAAUUCUAUGAAAUCUGUGAAAUCGGGAUCGGAAGGCGGAAAGAGAACCAAAUACGUAUUUUUCAAACAUUUACAGUUUCUUGACAAAAAACAUGUUGCCGACACCGAAGAUUCUAUUGAAGAAAAUGAAACAAGAGAAGAUACACAACAAGAUUCAAAUUUAGAGUCUCCAAUCAAUCCACGUUCUACUGAAACAGUAUCCACCAAUCCAGAAACCCAACCACAGUGUUCCAGCCAAGUUAGACAAGAUUCUUCAAACACAACUAAACAAUCUAGCUCUACUCCUAACACAAACCCAUCAAGGAAGCGUAAAAACGCAAAAACUAAUGAAGACAGCUACUUCGAUAAAAACAUCUUGGAGUUUUUAACAAAAAACAGCGAAAUUAUUCAAAAUGACGAUAUGGCAUUUUUUUAUUCUCUUUUACCUUUAACACGGACAUUCGACAAUCGUCAAAAAGUUAUGUUCCGUACUGCAGUAAUGAAUAAAGCCCUGGAAAUUUGUAACUGCCCUUCGUCUAUCACUCCUCUUGCUUCACCAAUGUAUGCAUCUACCUCUCGCCCUGAAUCUUCUACUUCCAGCAUGAAUAUAGCAUCACCAGAAUCUCUACCAUCAGGAUCUCAAGACAUAGUUUUGUAUUCAGUUGAAGAACCUUCGUCUCAAAAUGUAGUGAGAACUAAUCCAAAUAUCGCACAUACAUCACAAAAUUCGGUAAUCACAUCUUUGUCUGCUUCCAGCUUCAAUAUACCAUCACCAGGAUCUCGAGACAUAGUUUUGUAUUCAGUUGAAGAACCUUCGUUUCAAAACGUAGUGACAACUAAUCGUAAUUUCGCUUAUACGAGCACAUCACAAAAUUUGGAAAACCCAUCAUCUGAUUUGUCUCAGUAUAUUAAUUUUAAGCAAUGA